CAAUGAAAAAUGUCAAAAGUGUAGAUGUUUUUCUGUCAUCGACUAUGACAAUGUAGCGGAUUGUUGUUUGCCCCCAAGCCAAACACAGUAAUUGAAAAAUGUCAAAACCCUAGAAAACACCAGCCUUUCCCCACCUCGAAAUGCGGAUUUUACAUGGAUUGCAAUAACGAACCAACGUACCGUUGAGCCAUUUGAGAAUUAUUCUUGUGACGGGUUCUUCUUCCUCCUCUCCCAGGGAAUUAAUGCUGAGAGGCGUCGGAUUAACUUUUUUAUCCAUUUGGACUGAAAUUUGGAUUGUAAAAAGAAUUGGGGUUUAUUGAUAUUUAAGAGGAACUGAGAUGGAAAAAUUAUGGGGUAUUACAUGGAUAUUUCAAAGUAAUUGAUAACUUGGAUUUGAAAGAGAGUGGCCAAAAGAAGGAAAAAUUUUUAAAGUUGAUGUAACAACUUUUUUGUGUCCGGAAUUGAUUGUAGGUUUUGUUCGUAUUAGAAAGAUACGAAUGCCGAAAAUGCUGUCUCUGGUUAAAUUUAAAAGGAUUUUGAGGUGGUGAAUUGUGGAGCUUAAUUUGAUAAUUUGGGUUGUUUUAGGCCAGUGAUUUUGGUUUUGUCCUGUUGAUUGGAUACUUGGAUAAAUUUAUGAUGGAUGAAGCUUCAUCAUAUUCAUUGCCUCCUUUUCUUGAAAAGACCUAUGAUAUGGUUGAUGAUCAUUCCUCCGACUCUGUUGUGUCCUGGAGUCAGAGCAAUAAAAGCUUCAUUGUUUGGAAUCCUCCAGAAUUUGCAAGGGUCCUUCUGCCCAGAUUCUUCAAGCACAACAACUUCUCCAGCUUUAUUAGGCAGCUCAAUACAUAUGGUUUCAGGAAAAUUGAUCCUGAACAAUGGGAAUUUGCAAACGAGGGUUUUGUUAGAGGUCAGCCCCAUCUUUUGAAGAACAUUCGUAGACGCAGGCCUGUUCACAGUCAUUCCAUGGUAAAUCUGGCUUCUUUACCCCCUUUAACUGAAUCAGAGAGGGAAGGAUAUAAGGAUGAUAUUGAGAGGCUAAAACAUGAUGGAGAAUCACUUCAUUUGGAAGUACAGAGACAUAAACAGGAUCGAAAUGCACUGCAGGGUUUGACAAAACGUUUGCAACGUGUAGAACAAAAUCAUAAAAAUAUGUUAUCCUCCCUGGCUCUAACACUGGACCAACCUGCUGUUACUUCAAACCUCACGCUGCAAAGGGAGAUUCAUGAUAGAAAGAGAAGAUCUCCUGGAACCAGUUACUUGUAUAAUGAAACCAGCAAGGAAGAUAAUCAUAUGGAAUCUUCUCAUAAUUCCUCAAGAGAAAAUAUAAAUUUGACCACACUUUUGAAUUUCAACAAGGAAUUGUCAGAGAAGCUGGAGUCUUCUUUAAGACUAUGGGAGAACAUGAUACUUGAAAUUGAUGAAGGUUUAGUGCAUCGUAAAACAUCAUUAGAGUUUGAUGAAUCUCCUGGUUGUGCAGAUAGCCUCAUUAUUUCGUCCACGCGACCAAAUUUUGAUGUUGGAUCUAAGACAUGUUGGAUUGACAUGAAUUCUGAGCCUGACCCUGCCAUUAUUCCUGAGGUGCAACCUUCCUUGGGAGAACAGCCUGUUGGGAUGGCUACCAAUAUGCGAACGGGUGUCAAUGAUGUAUUCUGGGAACAAUUUCUUACGGAAAAUCCUGGUUCAAAUAAUGUGUCCGAAUUUCAGUUGGAGAGGUAAGACACGGAUGACAGCAAAAAUGAAAACGAAGUAGUUGAUCAUGGGAAAAACUGGUGGAAUAUGAGAAGUGUUAAUAACUUUGCAUGACAGUUGGGCCAUCUUACUCCGGCUGAGAGAACUUGAUAAGCUGAGAGAAAUUGAUAUAGUUGGUUGGGUGCUAAUCUUUUUUGUUGGAUGCGCUCUUCGAUAUAUAGAGAUUUCAUUUGCUGAGUUUACAAUUUCUUUGCAUAUUAUGGUGUUAAAUUCAGGUACUUUUCACUGUUCAAUACACAUGAUAAUGAUUGAAUAGAUUACGCACAUAA